CACCUCCCUCUAAUUCUUACUGCAAUUCUUCUCCUCUCUCUCUCUCUCUUCCUCCCUUUUUUCGUGCGUGGAGAAGGGCAUGGGUUCGCCGAAGAUGAAGGCUUCAGAGAUCGCAGCUCUGUUGGAUCUGAAGCCCCAUCCUGAUGGAGGCUUCUACUUGGAGACGUUCAGAGACUUCUCCGUCACUCUCCCCAAAUCUCAGCUCCCACCCCAUUACAAGGUGGAUCGUCCUGUGAGCUCAGCCAUCUACUUCUUGCUGCCAUCAGGAGGCAUUGCUCACCUCCAUCGCAUCCCUUGUUCUGAAACCUGGCACUAUCAUAUGGGAGAGCCUCUCACGGUGUUUGAGCUACUUGAUGAUGGCAAGAUCAAGCUGACGGUCGUCGGACCGGACCUAGAAGCCGGCCAGCACCCGCAGUACACAGUACCACCAAAUGUGUGGUUUGGUGCAUUCCCAACCUUGGAUGUUGAAUCCUUUGCAUCAGAUGGCAGUGCUCUUGCCAAAGCUCCAAACAGGGACCCUGAGCUGCAUUAUUCUCUGGUUGGUGUCACCUGCGCCCCUGCGUUCCAGUUUGAGGACAAUGAGCUAGCCACUCUUGCUGAGCUCAAGGCUCUUGCUCCCAACGUCGAACCCUUCCUCAACUACCUCAUCUCUUCCAAACCCUAGUCAAACGAGCAAAGUAAGCUUGUUUUCUUCCUUGUUACAAUACAGUUUGGGUGUUAUGUGGCUGCAACUGUUUGAUGAAAUUUGAACAUUUUUCCUCUGAGCUACAUACCUUGCCUGUGAAAUAACAAGUUGGUUAAGAAUCUUCAGUUGCAGUA